AAAGCAAGCCAAAAUCCCACGACCCAAUUGUAGAAAUUUUGCCAAAGUCGAGGGGAUUCUGUUCUGUUCUUAAAAGUUAAAAUGAAUUAAUCUCUGUUGUUAAGAGGGUUGAUUUUGUUUUGAUCAUAGCUUUCUUUUGUUUGCUUUUGCUUAACGUUCUUCACUGGAUGAUGAGAUAAUGAUGUACCCACUUUGAGAUAGAGAACAAGAGAAGAGAGAGAGGGGAUACUUUUUUUUCUUCUUUAUUUUUGGUUUGGGUUUUUUUCCCUUUUCUUUUUUUCCACUAUCUGAUCAUUGAUUCCAGUUGUUAUAAUUAUGGAGGAACCAACUGGGUUUAACCCUCUUUGAAAAAAAAAUUCCCCUUCUCGCUUCCCCUUCCCCACCAUCUUAUCAUUGAUUCCAGUUAAAUUCUUGCAUCACCCAACUGGGUUUUACCUCCAUUCACGAGAAGUAGAGGCAAAAGGGGAGAAAAGGGUCGAUACUUCUUCAAAAUAACGACUGGGUUUUAUCCAGUCUGUUGCCAAUAUGAUUCGUACGAAGCUUUUAGUCGAUUAACGCCAAUGAUUUCUAUGGAUUCAAGUUCUGCACAGAACCAGACUAGGGAGCUUUGGAUUGGAGGACAGAACGGGGGUUCUUUUGGGUCGUUGAUUAAUAAUUAGUCCCUGUUUCGAGUUUUUUCAAGGGGAUUCUUACUUAGUGUUGAGUUUGAUGAGAAGGGUCAGUGAAGAAUCGGUGGUAUUUCUUUAAUUUGUGGCUUUUUAUAGUUAAAUUUUGUUUUGUUGUUUUCCGGUGGAGGAUUUUUAUGUGGAGGGGUUGCUCUGGCGGAGCUGGGGUUUUUCUCAAGCUCUCAAGGUGCUUACUGAGGAUGUCUUUGAGCUGCAAGUUUUCUACCGCUAACGGGAAAUUUCCAGCUGGGUUUAAGCUGAAGAAGGCUAAGGAACAUCUAUGUUCGUUAAAUUCCACCGGGAAAUGGAAGAAGAAGCUUCUCUGUUUUUGGAUUUUUGCUGUAGUUAUAGUUUUAAGCAGUUGGUUUUCCUUGCGUUCGUAUAAUGUGAACAGUGGAACAAAACAGAAGACCUCGAACUUGUUCAACGAAGAAACUCGAACUUUGCUGCGGCAUUUCAAUGUAAGCAAGAAUCAACUUCAAGCUAUAGCUUCCUUGUUAUCCGACUCAGAUCGGAUGUCAUCCAUUGGGUGCACCAAUGAUUUUGGAUCUGACACAUCACAGUUGAAUGGAAUUGCCUGUGCCCUAAGGUUACUGUACUGGGAGCAAGAUUUUCACAAGCAGUUUGUAUGGGUUGAAGAAAGUGAAGAUUCCAAUGUUGGGGAGUGUCCAAUUCCAACUGAGAAGAUCCCUGGAAAUUCUGGCCAAUUAUUCUCUGAUGACAUAACUGUUCCAUUUGCUACAGACUUAUCUGCCUCUUUACUCUCUACUGGAAAUCAGCUUUGUGAAAAGAUAAUUGAACAAGCAGGAGUGGGAAGAUGCCUUUUAAGAAAGCACUGGAAGAAUUUUUGUAGUUCGUUGAUUGGAUGUUUUUGGGUUCUCCUUGGAGUGAUAGCAUUCCAGAAAAUAUCUGGUUUUCAUCUAAAAUUGUGGAAUAAGAAACAUCCAAAGCCAAACCAGCCAUUGGUUCAUCAACAGAGGGUCUUACUAGGGAGAAAGCAACAUCAACAAGCCAAAGAGUCUCCUAAAGGAGCUGGGAAAUGGCGGAAGGUGCUCCUAAGAAUAUUUAUUGUAGUUGGAAUCGUUGGGUCCAUUUGGUUAUUUUGGUACCUGAACCAGACAGCUAUUUUGAGAAGAGAAGAAACACUUGCAAACAUGUGUGAUGAGCGAGCCCGGAUGUUGCAGGACCAAUUCAAUGUUAGCAUGAACCAUGUUCAUGCAUUAGCCGUUCUUACCUCUACCUUCCACCAUGGGAAACAGCCUUCUGCCAUUGAUCAGAGAACAUUUAGUGAGUAUACAGAAAGAACAGCCUUUGAAAGACCACUGACUAGUGGUGUAGCUUAUGCUUUGAAAGUUAAUCACUCAGAAAGGGAGCAUUUUGAGAUGAUGCAUGGAUGGACGAUAAAGAAAAUGGAGACAGAGGACCAAACUCUUGUUCAAGAUUGUAAUCCAGAAAAUUUGGAACCUGCACCAAUUCGAGAUGAAUAUGCACCUGUCAUAUUUUCUCAAGAAACGGUAGCUCAUAUAGUUUCUAUCGACAUGAUGUCUGGAAAAGAAGAUCGCGAGAACAUCUUGCGAGCUAGGGCUUCUGGAAAGGGUGUGCUUACAUCUCCUUUUAAACUCUUGAAAUCUAAUCACCUUGGAGUUGUCCUCACAUUUGCUGUCUAUAACACUGACCUCCCUCCAGAUGCUACUCCUGAGCAACGUAUUGAAGCUACUGUUGGUUAUCUAGGUGCCUCAUAUGAUAUCCCCUCACUGGUGGAGAAGCUUUUGCAUCAGCUUGCUAGCAAGCAGACAAUUGUUGUGAAUGUUUAUGAUACAACCAAUGAUUCUGCUCCCAUCAACAUGUAUGGCUCUGAUUUUACCGAUACCGGGCUACUGCAUAUUAGUAAACUUGAUUUUGGGGAUCCUUUAAGAAGGCAUGAGAUGCAUUGUAGAUUCAAGCAUAAACCUCCACCUCCUUGGACAGCUAUCAAUUCAUCAGUAGGUGUCCUAAUCAUUACCUUGCUGGUUGGCCAUAUUUUUCGUGCAGCUAUAAGUCGGAUUGCAAAAGUGGAGAAUGACUAUCACAAGAUGAUGAAGCUUAAAAGUCGUGCUGAAGCUGCUGAUGUGGCCAAAUCACAGUUUCUGGCAACAGUUUCCCAUGAGAUCAGAACACCAAUGAAUGGUGUUUUAGGCAUGCUGAAAUUACUGAUGGACACUAACCUUGAUUCAAAUCAACUGGAUUUUGCCCGGACUGCUCACGAGAGUGGAAAAGAUCUGAUAUCACUCAUAAAUAAGGUUCUCGAUCAAGCUAAGAUAGAAUCAGGAAGGCUUGAACUUGAAUCUGUACCUUUCGAUCUGCGUGCUAUAGUUGAUAAUGUGCUCUCACCUUUUGCACUCAAAUCCAAUGACAAGGGAAUUGAGUUGGCUGUUUAUGUCUCUGAUUUGGUGCCUGAAGUUGUCAUUGGUGACCCUGGACGCUUUCGUCAAAUAAUUACUCAUCUUGUUGGAAAUUCACUCAAGUUUACUCAUAAUAAGGGGCACAUACUAGUCUCAGUGCAUCUGGCUGAUGAAGUGAGAGGCCCAGUUGAUUUUAUGGACAUUGUGCUUAAACAAGGCUCAUAUGUAGUUGGAGACACAUCAAACAAUAGCUGUACUACAUUUAGUGGGUUACCUGUGGUGGAUAGAUGGAAAAGCUGGGAAAAUUUCAGAAAGUUCAGCAGGACGGAUGCGGUGGAGGAACCCAAAACAAUUAGAAUUCUCGUGACUGUUGAGGAUACAGGUGUAGGAAUUCCCCAAGAUGCACAAAGCCGAAUAUUCACUCCUUUUAUGCAGGCUGAUAGUUCCACUUCUCGGACGUAUGGUGGCACUGGAAUAGGAUUGAGCAUUAGCAAACGUUUGGUGGAUCUCAUGGAAGGGGAGAUUGGGUUUGUGAGUGAGCCUGGUAUAGGCAGCACAUUUUCAUUUACGGUUUCUUUCCAGAAAGGGGAAAUAAGUUUUUUGGAUACAAGGCGGCCACAGUAUGCUGUGGGUAUUGGAGAGUUCCAGGGGCUAAGAGCAUUAAUAAUCGAUAAUAGCUGCAUUCGAGCAGAGGUCACGAGAUAUCAUCUGCAGAGACUGGGGAUUUCUGUUGAUAUAACUCUGAGUGCAGAAUCUGCUUAUCAAUAUCUAUCCAAUACCUCGAAUGCAAGAGCAUCAACACAAUUGGCCAUGAUUCUUAUAGACAGAGACAUCUGGGACAAGAAAGUUGGUCUCAAGUUCCAUCUUUUGUUUAAAGAGCAUGUGGAUAAAAGUGUGACAAAUGUCCAGAUGAAUGGUCCAAAGCUCUUUCUCCUGGCAAACCCCAAAAGCUCCAAUGAGCAAUAUGAACUUAAAUCUUCUGGUCAUGUAAAUAAUAUCUUAAGUAAACCUCUUCAGUUAGACGUGUUGGUGAGUUGCUUCCACGAAGCCUUUAGGAUUGAGAAGAGGAAUCAAGUAAUUAUUAAAAAACCAUCUACUCUUGGAAAGCUACUGAAAGAAAAGCAUAUUUUGGUUGUGGAUGACAAUGCUGUUAACAGAAGGGUGGCAGAAGGUGCACUAAAGAAAUAUGGAGCCGUUGUAACUUGUGUAAAAUGUGGAAAGGAUGCUGUAGCUCUCCUCAACCCUCCACACAACUUUGAUGCUUGCUUCAUGGACCUCCAGAUGCCUGAGAUGGACGGGUAUGAAGCUACAAGACAGGUCCGUGCUGUAGAAAGUGAGGUGAACGCGAAAAUUGCAUCUGGAGAAGUGUCGACUGAGGACAAUAAAGUCCAUUGGCACACGCCAAUAUUUGCUAUGACAGCAGAUUUAAUUCAGGCCAUGAAUGAGGAGUGCCUGAAGUGUGGGAUGGAUGGUUAUGUAGCUAAGCCAUUUGAAGAGGAGCAACUUUAUUCGGCUGUAGCACGUUUUUUUGAGACUGCUUAACACAGUACUGCACACAGCGGCAAUAACUGUUUCUUACCUCUCUGACCCAAAGGUCACUCUUAUGCUAGGAUGGAUGGCUCCAGAUUAUGGCUGCCCAUCUUCUGACUACUCUAUCCAGCUAUCAGAUGGUGGAUGGAGUUAAUCUGGUCAUGUCCUUAUCUAUUAAUUUGUGGAAUGACAACCAAUGUUAGGUAGUCUUAGCAGUGGGUGUAGGCCGAAGAGGAAAUCGAGCAAACGAUGCAUGAUCCAGGGCUCCAACGGCCAUAAACUAACAAAUGGCUUCCUAGAUGACCCUCGACUUCUUGUCAGGGAUAAUAGAAUCGUCACGAUUUUCCGAGCUGACUCCAAUGAUUCAACAUUUAUCACUAGCUGUAUGUACUCUGACAGAUUUAACAAAAUACCAAUAACUUCUAAUAAUCAGAAACACCAGAAAAUUCAUAUUUGAAGGAAGGUCUGCUGCUGUUUCCAAGUAUUGACAUUUGAAGAGUUUGUAUAUUGCCAUGUAUACAAGAAUUUGUCUUAAAAUUAUUUUGUUACUGUUGUCACCUAUGUAAUAUUCUGAUGUAUAUUUGUAAAUCAUUCCUGUAAGACUGCAGUUUAGUAAAGGAGUAGUUGAUAUUUUGUAUCAUUCUCCA